GCACAAUCCUCGAGCAACAUUCCGACUAGAGAACCAACGAUUUUGGUACGCGCUGCAUAUUACGACUGUUCCCGUCGGCUCUCUUCGUAGACGAUGGGAUUGCCCCUCAGGAUGAACGACAUACACGUUCCGACAGUGCCGUCAGGCCCGACUAUUAACUCGACGACGGCCAACGGUCGUUCCGGCCGUCUCACCUUCUCAGAGCUCCAGAAAAAGAAGGAUGGCGUGGAGGCUGAACUGAAAGCUCUCGGCGCAGUCCUCGACUCUCAUGGAGCCGACAUGAAUACCCCCCUCACAACUCGAGAUGGCUUCCCGAGAUCAGACAUCGAUGUUGCUCAAGUACGUACCACGAGAGCUCGUAUCAUUCACCUGCGGAACGAUUACAAAGAUCUUAUGACCAUGAUUGAGAAGCAUCUUCAUGAGCACUUUGCUAGCUUACAAGAGGACGAUGGGCCUGAAGUCCAGCCUGCGGGAAGUGCUGGUUUUCUGACGAAUCACUCUACACCUCAACCGCUUGAAGAGCCCUUCGCCAAGGUCAACAGCGUUGUAUCAAGAAGCCCAGCUGAGGCAGCAGGUCUGAAGCCAGCCGAUGAAAUCCGCAAUUUUGGAUAUGUUAACCGCUCAAACCAUGACAAUCUAAAGAAGGUGGCUGAGUGUGUUCAAGGGAAUGAAGAUCAACCGAUAUCGGUCAGAGUAUCGCGGCCUAGUUCCGGCGCGCGUCAGGAACUGCAGCUCACACUAACGCCAAGGCGCAACUGGGGUGGCAGAGGUCUGUUAGGUUGUCAUAUCCUGCCUCUCCAAUGAUGUUGGGAAGCUGAUUCGGCGGUGUUGUCGCUACUUCAUGAAAUCGAAGUUUGAGGUAACAGAGCGUGCGAUAUGUACAGCUAUAGAUACAAUUCUACACAAUCGUUGACUUAAUCUCUGGCACGAGCAGGCGCUAUCAAUUUCAAGAAAGAAGGCUCUUCACCACCGGCUCUUGGGAUUCGCGCGCUCAUUCACCCGACCUUCCUAGAACCCAUGGAUAUGAGCUCGGAUUGCCACUAAGAAAGGUGCCUGACAUAGACAGAAUCCCAUAUCGGGCCAACCUGGUCGGACAGUCUGACACGGCCGCAAUAUCAGUCAGGAAG